AUGGCUGGAGUUAUCAAAGGAUCAGAAAUUGAAUUAACUGUUUAUAUUGCCAUCUAUCCUUCAAAUAAUAAGCCUGGGUUCAGAAGAAAAAAAAAAGGAGAAAAUUCUACACCUGCUAUUGAACUUGAACGCAUAAUAGGAUUAACAACAUUGAAACCAACAGCUUUAACCACCGCUCCAUCUCUAGAUCUUGUAGCAUAUGCAGCUGGUGCUGUCGUCACAUUAUAUAAUCAUAAGAAAAACAAACAGAUUGGUUUCUUAUAUGCUUCAUCAGCAACUCUACCAAAUCCUCAAGCCGCAAAUCAAUCAAAUAAUUCUGCUCCUUCGUCAUGGUCUGCCGCCUUUCAAAAUCGUCAUACAAUUGCCGGAGAUGUAAUGGCUAGUCCAUUGGGUACUGGUACUUCUUUGGGUGUAAUAGAUCCCCAGAGUUCAAUAUCCGGAAAUUCAUCAAAUUCUAAAAAAAUACCUGUAAAUAACAAAGCAAAACCAAUAUCCUGUCUUGCCUUUUCACCCGAUGGAGUCUAUUUGGCUGUUGGCGAGAGUGGACAUCAACCACGUAUUUUAAUAUGGGAGGUUCAAACAAAAACUUUAAUUAAUGAAUUAAAAGGUCAUAAAUUUGGCGUGCUAGCACUUAGCUUUUCUCCAAAUAUGAAAUUCAUUGUAUCUUUGGGGUUUCAACAUGAUGGAUAUUUAAAUUUAUGGAAUUGGAAAACUGGAGUAAAAAUUGCUUGCAAUAAAGUUACUACCAAAGUUCAUACUUUGGCAUUCAAUCGAACUGGUUCUUACAUUGUUACAGCUGGUCUGAGACAUGUCAAGUUUUGGUAUCUUGAUCCAAACGGAAAUUUACCAAAAAAAUCUGCCGGACAAUCAAUACAAAAAUCAUUAGUACAAGUGUUGGAUGGCAGAUCUGGGAUAUUGGGUGAUCUGAGAGAUAGUAAUUUCGUUGAUGCUGUUUGCUGUAAAAAAUCUGAUAACACAUAUUUUGUCACUUCGAAUGGUCUGUUGUGCAUGUUUACGGAGGGUAGACUAAUGGAUAAAUGGGUGAAUUUGCAGGCCAAAGGUGCCUUUUCUAUUGUUGCUAGUGAACAAUAUGUGAUUUGUGCUUGUACAGAUGGUGUGAUCAGACUAUUUGAACCUAUGACUUUAAAGUAUUUGGGCACAUUGCCAAAACCUCACCCAUUAGGUGUUGAUUUAACUCUUCAGACUGGAUCCACCUAUAAUAGUACAGGUGGCCCAAACGAUAUUUAUCCUGACACUACUGCUAUUAAAUUAGAUGAUGAGACUGGUAAAUUGUCUUGCAUAUACAGUGACAGGAGUUUCUUUAUAUGGGAUAUUAAAGAUAUAAAAAAAAUUGGAAAAUAUCGUAGUUUCUUGUCUCAUUGUGACACUAUUUGGGGUGUUGAGAUGAUUCCUAAUAACGAGGAUUCAUCAACUAGUGAAAAAUCAACUUCCUCAAGAUUACCCGAUAAUACAUUUGUAACUUAUUCAUCUGAUAGUACUAUACGUUUCUGGAAUUUAGAUCAAAAUUCAAACUCAUCAUCAUCUAAUGCUAAUAUUUAUGUCGAUCCAAAUGGUACUUAUCAAAUGUGUGCUACUUUGGGUGCUAAAAAUGAUGACUCUGAAUCGUCAUCAUCAACUGAUAAUCAUCAACCUGUUAUAAGUGAUGGCGGUGUUCGUACAUUAAGAAUUAGUCCUGAUGGUAAAUUAAUGGCUUCCGGUGAUCGUAAUGGUAAUUUAAGAGUUCACAAUCUUGAUGAUUUUCAACAAAUGACUUAUCAAGAAGCUCAUGAUGCUGAAAUAUUGGCUAUCGAAUUCACUGAUGGAAAAUUACCCGAAUCUCCGUAUUUGAUUGCAACAGCAAGUCGUGAUAGAAUCUUGCAUAUUUUCGAUAUUAAUUCUAAUUUCCAACUGAUACAAACAUUGGAUGAUCAUUCCUCGUCAAUAACCGCUAUCAAAUUUACAAACGAUGGUGGUAGGUUGAUAAGUUGUGGUGCUGAUAAAAGUAUCAUAUUCAGAAGUAAACAAAAUACUAGCGAUUUCCCUUAUUAUGCAACUUAUCAUAAUAUAUCAGGAAGAGCUACAGUAUUUGACAUGGACAUUGACGUAUCCAAUCGCUACAUUGCAACUGUGUCAGGUGAACGUCGUCUAAAUGUUUACCACAUAGACACUGGCAAGAACGUUCGCUCAUACAAAUCCGACACACCCGAUGAAGUGAAUGUUCAAGAUCAAGGCAGCUUACUAAGAAUAUCACUGGAUCCUGGUGGUGUAUGUGCCGUUACUGGUGGUUCAGACAAAAGUGUAAGAUUAUUUGAUUUUUCAAAUGGUACCAUAUUAGGAAAAGUAUUGGGCCAUUCGGAAUUGAUCACCUGUGUGAAAUUUACUUCGGAUUGUGAACGUGUCAUUUCCACAUCGGCUGAUGGAUGUAUUUUUGUUUGGAAAAUUUCUGAUGAGUUGGUUAAUAAAAUGAAACAAAAAUGGUUGGAUAGAAGCAAUUGUACUGGUACUAACAGCGGUAGAUCAUUUUCACCUGUAAUGCAUAGCUCACCUCCGCUGCCUUCAUCAUCAUCUUCAUCGUCUUCUUCUGCUACCACUUCUGCUCCGUCUAUUAUACAUCCUAGAACUACUGUACCUGCUUUAAGACCAAAUACAUUGUUUGCAGAAAAUCCAUCAUCAUCAGCAGCAUCAACUUCAACGAAAAUUUCUUCUUCCACUGCUACUUCAGGCAAAAGUAACAGUAAUCAACAAAUAUCAUUUGCAAACUCAUCUCCACCAAAUAGUCCGCCUUCGCAAGGUUCGCCAUCGACUACAAGAAGAGAAUCUUGGAAACUUGGUUUACCAAAUAAAAGAUUGCCACUAUUACCAAAAACUGUUAAAAAAUCAAAAUCUUAUGGUAGAAUACGCCAUGACUCAUUUACAUCAUCUCCAUCGCCAUCAAUUGGUGCAGGCGUAAAUAAUAAAAUACCAGUUAUUACUGUUAAUAAAAAUAAAAUGGUGUCAUUAGACGAUUCAGUUAUCACUUUAUCAUCACCAGUAUCAAAUAUUAACAAUAAUCAACGACAUCAACCAGUAGUAGCAAAUGAAGAUGAAUCUGAUUAUGAAGAUGACGAGGAAAUAACUUCACCAAUUGAUGAUUCGUCCGCUAACGAAGACACCGAGACUAUUUUUAUUGAGUUAAAUGAAGAUGAAGAAGAAGAUUAUGACAUAAUGGCUGAUAAUACAUCAUCAUCAUCACACCAAAACAAUAAAAGAAGUCGCAGAAACAGUUUUGUUGGUGAUUUAAAAGUUGUUGAAAUUAAUAACAAUAAUGAUGUUGAAUUGUAUUUACAAACUCCUGUAAAAAGUGAAUUUCCAUCUGCAAUUACCGCUGGAGAUUCCCAUGACGAAACAACAACACCAUCAGACAAUAGCAGGAAAAGAGAAAGCUUUACUACUAAAUUUUAUUCUGGUGGACAUCGUAUGUCAAGAGGAUCUAGUUAUAAAAAUAAUAGUAUGAUUGAAGCAUUAUCAACGUUAAUAAUGGAUAAAGAAAAUUCUACAAUUGAAGAGGAUCAGGAUGAUAAAAAUGACUCUGUAAAAAAAGCAUUGGAAGCUUUAGAAAGAAAAACCACCGAGGCUGUUGGUAAAGAAUAUGUAUCUCGAACUCAACCUGAAGUUGAAUUGAAUGAACAAUCUAAUAAUAAUAAUAUUUUGCAGUCCACUACUACUACUACAACAAAUAAUGAUAAUGAUAAUGACGAUGAUGAUAAAACUAUCAGUAUACCGGCAAUAAUGUUACCAGAAGAUUCAAAUAUUAGCAAUGAAUCAAAAAAGAAAAAUCAAAAUACCAGUAAUAAUAACAAUACAAGUUACAUUUGUAGCAGUAACGGAUUUAAAUCUCUUGAGAGCAAGGGUGAAGGACUUGGCAUAGUUGUAGAUGUGAGUAAAGAUAGUACGGGUCAGGAUCCCGAUGCACCUAUCUCCAAACAUAACACAAAUUCAAGUACAAUCUCAGAAGUCAAUGAAGAAAUUAAAAAUGAAAGCAUGGCAAAAUUAAUUUCUGAAAGUUUAAAAGGAAUGAUAAAUGAUAUUCAUCAAAGUCUCAAUGAUAUCAACGAUAAUAGUAUUGGUAAUAAUCAAAGAUAUAUUAAUAACAUUAGUACUAAUAACAAUAACAUCAAUAAUGACGAAGGAGAUGCUGAAUCAAAUCAUUCUUAUACAACAGCCUUAACUACACACAAAAAAUAUUCAGAUUUAUUAAUGAAAAUGGUUAAAGAAAAAAUGGAAGAAAAAACAACCAAUAAUGAUAGUAUCCCAAAAACAGGAAUUAAUGGUAAUAUCAGUUCCAAUGAUUCUGCUAUUACUACAAAUUUCUCAUCAUCGUCGUCGUCGUCAAUUAAUACAGUUAUUUUAGAAUCUAAAGGAAAUACAACUUGUUGCGACAUUUUGACACUUGAGAAAGUAAAAAUAUGA